AGAACAAAGGAAACCAUUGCAAACAAAGGCGGAGCCCACCAUAUUGAAAAGGCUUUCACGGCAAGUUUUCGCUGCUACAGCAAGGAUCAAACCUGACCAUGAAAACCAAAUACAUCUCACACACAAUUACGCAUCGCAAACUUCAUACACACCGCACAACCCACCAACAUACCAAAGGCCAAGUUUUUAACUCAGCAGUCAGCCCACCAACGAAUGCCUGGUGCCCAAGUUUUACUGUUCAAGUUGCGAAUGGAGAUUCGAAUUGUCUCACUUAUUUGCUCGAUUUUUGGGAAGUUCUUGUGUUGUAAUGUUCUUGUUGCUUCAUUCAAACCCAUGGAAGGGAUGUUUGGGGAACUCGAAUUUGCCCUUGAUGGGGACUUGUUUCUAAAUCAGUUCCGUCUUAUCUCAAAUUGCACAGAGGCUAAGAGAGCUUGGGACAUUUUGCUUAUUACUCAUGAAGGCACUACAACAGUCAAGACAGCCAAACUUCAGAUCGUGAUGUCUAAAAUUGAAAAUCUUAAGAUGGAGGAUACUGAGUCUAUCACAAACUUUCAUGGGCGAGUUAGAGAGUUGGCAAAUGAGGCUGAAAGGCUUGGUGAACCAAUUACAGAACACGAGUUGGUGUUGAAAGUUUUACGUUCUCUUCCAGAAAAAUACUCCAUGGAUGUCAAAGCUAUUAGACAAACACAAUCUCUAAAUACUAUGUCUCUUGACGAGCUGAUGGGGAACUUAGAAACCAUUGAGUUGGAGAUGCAUGAAGAUCUACGGCGUAAAAAGCAGCAUGUCAUCCUCGUUGAAAAAGAGAAGCAGUGUGUUAAAGACAGUGCUGGAACAGGCUGUGCUUUUCCAACUUUCCAUAGUGUUGACGGUGAGUCUGGUAGUGACGUGGAUCCAAAGGAGAUGCUUAUAAUUGUUGAAGAAAAAUUUCAAGAGUCUCUACGGGUCAACAAGAAAAAAUGUUUGGAAAAUGAUAGCCUCAAACGUGAACUUGCUGAAUCAAAACGCGAUGUGGAACAACUCAUCAAAGAGUUACGGAGAUACAAAGGUAAAGUUACAGCAGAGGAUGACACAGAGGAUGAUACAGAAGAUGACACAGAGGCUGACACAGCAGAAGAGCUAGCUAUUCUCCAAAGGAAGUGGGAGAGUAAUUCAGAACUAGAAAAGAAGAUUGAAGACUUAGAAGGGCAACAAUCAGAUCUCAAGUAUGAAUUAAAUCAACUCAAAAACUUUCACAAGUGGAUGAGAAGUGCUGGAGCAAAAGCUAUUGAGGAACAAGUGAACGUUUCAAAAUUUUAUGGAAACAAGACAGGUCUCGGAUUUUCAGGUUCUGAAAGCAAUAAGACCCCACUUGACUUGUUUGUUGAUCGAAGAAAGGGAAUUGCUCAAAAAGUCCCACAAGGAAGGAAAACUGAAGCUGCUGCAUCUGCUGGAACAUCUUCUGCCAAACCCGCUGAAGCAUCUCAUGAAGCUUUUGCUAGAACAAUUUAUGCAGCACCCUAUGCAAAAAGGCAAAGAGUUGUGACACAAUCUAGUAUGAGAAGACACAAGGAUCCUUAUGCUAAACCUGAAAGGUAUUCUUAUACUAAUGUCUAUGCUAAUUAUGUUUGUUUUUGCUGUGGAAAAAGGGGACACAUUCAGAGGAAAUGCAAGAUUUUUAAAGAGCAAAGAUACAGAAAAAAGAAUGUGACAACAAGGAUGAUUUGGGUACCUAAGAAUCAGUACAAAACAGGUGAUAAUCCUUGUGUGAAGGAUGUUGCUUCUGAUCAAUGCCAUGUUAGUAGUGCAAGCUUGCAUCAAGAAGAAAAGAAAAUGGAUUGUUGUGCUGUUAAGAGUGCUGAAUCACCUCAUAAGUGUGAUGAAGUGACACCUCCUAGUCAUGAGAGUGUGAAGUUUAUGGCUAUGAAAAAACGGGCAUUGGGUAUGUGUAAAAGAGCAUUUGAUGGGAAUCGGUUUGGGCUGUUUUGGACCAUUAUGCAGGGCUGUUUUGGACUACUUGGAACAAUAUGGUCUAUUGACACAAGAAUGGAUUUGGACAGUGUGAGGAUGGAUAAUGGAGCUGAUUUGUGGAGGAAUCCCAAAUCACUUCGAGAUGGGUCUGAUGUUUACUUUGCCAGUGUGGUCCUCCUGGCAGGCCGCCCUUAGUUUCUUCCUGACCCUUUCGGUUGGGGUUUUUGGAAGACUUUGGGCUAUCUUAGCUAUGAAGUGGAUCUUCUAGCUAAUUGGGCUUUUUCUUGAGUCGAGGAGGUUGUUUUC